AUGAAGAGAACUUUAUUCAUUAUAGUCUUAAUAAAUAUUGCAACUUGCCAAGUAGUAAGUAAAACUGAAGCUUGUACUUGUGCGUAGUUGUUAAUUGCUUCGGAUUGUAAUCUAAACUAUUUAUGCACAUGGAAUCAAACAAAAUUAGCAUGUGAAGUAUCAUAAAGUACAGGAACAGAAACUACUAUUAAGAAGUAUGGAAAAUCACUGUAUUGUGAAGGAUAAGGACAAAAUGAUUGUCUUAAUAAGAAUGAAUGUGCAUGGAUUGAUAAUAAGUGUACAUUCUUUACAAGUUGCACACCUUUUCAAAAGACAAAUAAAGAUGAAUGUUAAGCACAAUCAAAAAGAUGUACAUCAGAUGGAUAUACUUGUGUAGAAAUUGAUUUAUGUUCAACUUAUCUCACCUCAAAUUCCUGUUAUUAAAGUAGGACAAAUUACUGUUUUUGGGACGAAAUAACAAAGAAAUGUUCAGAUGUAACUGAAUGUAGUUAAUUGCCAUCUACUCUAACAAAAGAUUCUGAAUGUAGGUCAUAAUUAAAGUAUGAAUGUACAGCUAAAACUGGAGGAGGAUGUUUAGAAUCUGGUACUAAUUGUGAAGAUUAAAUAUCAGAAGUAGGUUGUGUAACUAAUAAGGCAAGAACAGUUAAUUGUUUUUGGGGAAAUAAUAAAUGCUAUGAAAAGAAAUGUGAGUUUGCAUUAACAUCUAAUAGAACUCAUGAUGAUUGCUAAAAGUUUUUUAAUAAAUGUACAGCAAAAGAAAAUGGUGGAUGUGUUGAUAUAAAAACAUGUUCAGAUGGAAGGAUAAGCGAGGGUUGCAAGAUUGAUAGUACAGGAAAGGAAUGUUAUUGGUCAUCAAUAGAGAAUAAAUGUAAAGAUAAACUUUGUAUAAAUGCACCUAACACAUUGAAAUCAAAUUCUGAAUGUCAAAAAUAAUUAUUACCUUCAUGUAUAACAAAUGGUGCAGGAUGUGUUGAUGAUAUAAGUUGUGCAAGUUCUAUUGUUCCUGAUUAAUGUGGUAUUGAUAGAUUUAAUAAUAAAUAAUGUAUAUGGAAUGGUACAUGCAAAGACAAAACAUGUGAAAAUGCAGGAAGUGAAAUUAUUGGUCAUGAAUAAUGUUCAACUUACUCAAUAAAGUGUACUGGCAAAGCUAAUAAUGUUGCAGGAUGUUAAAAUAGAACUUGUGAAAAUGCCCCAAAUACAAUUACUACAAAUUCUGGAUGUGAAGAAUAUCUUUCAAAUAAGAAUUGCAUCACCAAAAAAGAUGGUGGAUGUGUUACUAAUACUACUUGUUCAACCAUUUUAAUAAAGGAUGCUUGCUUUAAAGAUAUUAAUGGCAAAGAUUGCUAUUGGGAUAUUUUAGGAGAUAAAUGUUUAGAUAAGACAUGUGCAAGUUUACCAUCUAGAUUUAAUACUCAUUCUUUAUGUAAUGAACAAAUUAAUACUUGUACUGUUAACUCAUCUGGUACUUGUGUUGAUUUAAUUUGUGAAAAUAUUAUUGAUAAGGAUAAUUGCAUAAAAAAUAAGGAUGGUGGUGAAUGUAUUUACUAUGAAUCUUGUUACUAAAAAUAAUGUAAUUCUGCUCCAUAAACAUACAUAACUCAUGCAGAAUGCUAAGAAUAUCUAAAGAAAUGUACUUUAUCAAACACAAAGAAAGGAUGUAUGGAUAUACCAUUAACAUGUUCAGCAUUAACUAUUAAAGAAAAUUGUGAGUUGAAAUCUAAUGGUGGUAGAUGUGGUUGGAAUGGAUUAUCUUGUAUUGAUUUUACUUGCUCUACUGCUCCAAUUAAGACUGAUGAUGUUUAUACAGUAGCUCUAUGUGAGGCAUAUAAACAGAAAUCUAAUUGUGUACCUAAUUUAAGUAAGAAAGGAUGUAUGGAGCUAGUUAUUUAAUGUGAGUUACGUAAAAUCGUAGAAUAAUGUGAUGUUGUAGGUACAAAAAGAAAUGGAGGUAAGACAUGUCUCUGGGAUGGAUAAAAUUGUUAUGAGAAAACAUGUGCUAAUGCUACAAGAGUAGGCUAUGCAAAUAGUGUAGUAGUAUUAGAUGAUAAAGUAAGCCAUGAUGAUUGUCAAAAUUGGUUAAAGGAUAAAGAUGAUAAUCCUCUUUGUAUUGUUGGAAAAUCAAAUAAGGUAUGUGCAGUAUAUCCAACUAAUUGUAAUGGUUUAGGUGAGAAUUCCUGUUUACCUAAUGUUCUAAAAAUUCCUAAUACAGAUCCUAUAUAAUAUUUAAAUUGCUAUUGGAAUACUAUAUAACAAUUAUGUGUAGAUGGAGAUGUAUGUGCAAAUUUGGAUAAAUCCACUCAUGAUGGUUGUUCAAAUGCAUCCAAUAAUAAAUGUACAAUCAGUGCUGAUGGAACCAAAUGCGUUGAUAGAUAAGUUUGUAAUUAAUAUUCUAAAAAAAUCUAAUGUGUAAAAGAUAAAUAUGAUUUUCCAUGCAAAUGGGAUGGGAAUGAUAAUGAUACUAAUAAGUGUAUUAAUUAAGAAUGUUAGUAACCACAAUGUGAAAUUAAAAAAAACACUUGUGCUGAAUAUAAAUAUAGAGAAUCAUGUUUGGGAGGAAUUCUAGGUAAUAAAUUAUAAUGUAAAUGGAAUGAAGAUACUAAAAGCUGCGUAUAUGCAUCAAUAAAUUGUUCAGAGUUUUAGGAGUAAGCUUGCUCGGAACAAAUUGUUGAUGGAGUAUAAUAAUGUUUUUGGAAAGGCUAUCAUGAUUUUUUGAAUAAAGGAGUUUGUGAGGAUGCUAUAUUUGAUUGUACAAAAGUAAAGGGUUCUGGUCUAACUAUUAACUAUUGUUAUAAUUUGAAUAGUAAGUGUUCAGUCAAUAAAACUGGUGAUUCUUGCAUUUUUGGAAAAUAUGAGUGUGAAGAUUAUACUUUGCUUAAUGACUGUGCUCGGGUAAUAUCUACCGGUCUUCAAACAUGCUAUGUGCAGGAUAACACUUGUAAGAAACUGUUUUUAGAGUGCGAUGAAAUUAAUGGAAAAGAUGAUGAAGAAUGUCAAGCAAUUUCAAGCAUAUGCAUAUAUAAAGGAGAUGGUAAGUGCAAACCUAAUGCUUCAAUUAUUAAUGGAACGCAUACUUAUGAUACAUGCAAAGAGAUAGAUCGAAAAUUGAGUGUUAAAAAUGAUGGAACCGGAUGUUAUUACGUAGAUUAGAAUUGUUCUAACUUACCAAUCACUACAUGCACAUAGGGAUUAGAUGGACAAUGUCUUAUCGAGAAUUCUCUUUGUGUGGCUGGGUUUAUAAGUGAUUGUGAGAGCCUUAUAAUGUAAUCAUAAGGAUCUGCAAAAUUAUCUCAUUGGUAAUGUUCUUAUAUCAGUAAUUUAAAAUGUGGAGUGUAUUACGAUUAAUCAAAGUGUAGAAACAUUAGGAAUUAAUGUUCCGAUUAUAGCACUAAUAAUUAGAACCUUAACGAAUGUUAUUUUUAAACAAUAUAAUACUAGAUAUGCAUAUUAAAUGCAUCUAAAGAUACUUGUAUAGAAUAUGACAGAUCUACUAGUAAAUGUUCAGAUAUUAUUUUAGGAGGUGAAAUUAACUAAACUCAUGAAAUGUGCUAAUUUUACAGUAACUAAUGUACAGCUACAAACCCUCCCAGUAAUGCAUGCACAGAUUAUAUAAGAUGUAAAGAGUACAAAGGAAUUUAUACAUUCUCUAAUUGUUACCAAUUUGAUAUAAAAUGUUCUGUAAAUUUUGAUAACACUGCCUGCAUAGAAAAAAAAGACUAUUGUAAAGAUUAUGAUUUAAAACAAAAUUGUGCAUAUGCACUAAUUGAAGGACCAUGUGUUUGGGAUGAAAUCCAAAAAUGUAUUUAAAAAUCUUGCAGUUGGAUAACUGAUCUUACAAGUCCAAGUGCAGAAUAAUGCUAAGCAAAAUAAUUAAGUUGUAAUCUUCCAGCUGAAUAACAAGGGGAAGAAGCUUGCAUAAAGAGAGGACCUUGCUCAAGUUACACAGAAUCAACUUCAUGCAUCGUGAGUAAUAUAGGAUAAAAAUGUAUUUGGAAUUCUAUAUCCAAAAAAUGUUUUGAUAGAACCUGUGCUAAUGCUGAUUCUACUUAUGUAAAUCAUAUUAAAUGUUAAGAGGUAGGAAACUGUACAGUUAAAGUAGGAGCGAAUGGAACAACUUUGGAAGGAUGCAUAAAUUUGGAUGCUUGUAUAAAUUAUAAAGUAGAAGAAUAAUGUAAGAUAAAUACCUAAAAGAAAGAAUGUGUAUGGAGUUUAGCUGAAACACCCAAUAAAUGUGUUGAUAAAUCUUGUAGAUCUGCUGAUCCUAAUUAAUACACUAAUUUUGAAUAAUGCUAAAAUUAUUAUAAAAUUGGAGAAUGUACAUUAGGAGCUAAAAAGGAAGCUGAUGGAACAUACAAAGAAUUUGGAUGUAUGCCAAUUGCAUUAUGUACAGAAUAUUAUACUUCUGGAUAAUGCAAAAUAAGUAAGAAUAAGGAUGAUGAUGAUAAUUUUUUAAAUUGCUAUUGGAAUGAAACAACUAAAAAAUGUGGAGAUGCAAGUUGUGCAUAAGCUGAUGAUACAUUCACUACACAUGAUGCUUGCGUAUCAUAUGGUAAUGCUGCCAAUCUAAAAUGUACAAUUGAUAGGGAUGAGAAAGGAUGUGUUCCUAUUCCUAAUACAUGUGAAGAAAUGUCAAAAGUACAAUGUGUUGAUGAAGAUGCUAAAUAGAAUAAAUGCAUUUGGUUGGAAAGUAAUGGAUCUGGAUAAUGUGUUCAAAGAACUUGUUAAAAUGCUGUUAAUCCAACAAGUUCUUCUGAUUGUUAAUCACACCUUUAUUAUUGUACAAUGAUAGAUACAGGAAAUAAAUGCAAAACUAAAAGUUGUGAAGAUUAUUAUUUCACUGAAGAUUCAGCUUGUGCUGCAAUCUUUAAAAAUUCUAAGUGUACAACAAAUGGUAAAUUUUGUGUUAAUAGAGGAUCGUGUACAAUAGUGUAAAAUUAAAAUGGAUGUACAUCAGAUUCCAGUGGCAAUCCUUGUGAAUGGAUUGUUCCUGAAGAUCCAAAUAAAAUAGCUUAUUGUGUUUUGAAGACAUGUACUACAGCUCCAAAAACAUUGGUAUCUGAGAGUUAAUGCUUACAAUACUUCACUCCAAAAUCAGGAGUUACUUGCAAUACUCAAUAAGGUGGAGGUUGUAUUGAAAGAAGUACUUGCUCUGCUGCUAAAGGUGAAGCUGCUUGUAAUACUGAUGCAAAUGGAUAAAUUUGUGCUUGGGAUUCAGAAACAUUUAUUUGUAGAAAUUAGGAAUGUAAGGAUAUUUCUGGUUCUACUCAUUAAACUUGUUAAAAUCCAAGUGAUAAAAACUUAAAAGGUAAAUGUACAGCUGGUAAAAGUAGUAGAUGUGCUCCAAUUUAAAAUUGUACAUCAACUACUUUUCAAGCAGCUUGUGUUGUAGGAACUGAUGGACCAUGUAUUUGGUUGCCUGAUUAUCCUAAUGAUGAUAAUACUAAAGGUGCAUGUUUCCGUUAUGAUUCAUGUAAAAGCCUUUAUUGGACUUAAGAUUCAUUAUGUAAAUAUAUAUCAGAUAAAUGUACUACUGAUGGAACAUCAUGUAUUGGUAUUACAUCAUGUGAUAAAACAAAUGUAAAUGGAGGAUGUGUGACUGGUACAGAUGGUACUUGUAUUACAAUAGUCUAAUCCCUAGGAUCUGCCAAUAAAUCUUGUACUAAAUAUGUCAGUUGUACUUUAGCCUUAUUUAAAACUCAUUCAGAAUGCUAAGCUGCUAAUCCUAACUGUACUACAAAUGGAACAACAUCUUGUAUUGAAUUAGGUUAAUGUGCAAUUUAUGUUAAAGAUGCUUGCCAUUUUAAUAAAGUUGGUAGAGUAACUAAUUUAAUGAAAUAAAUAACUUCAACAGGCAAAUGUAAUUGGGAUCAAACAAUUAAUUCUUGUAGAGAUGAAAACUGUAUUGAUUUCUAAGGAGCAACUCAUUAGGCUUGUUCUUCUUAAUUAAUUACAUGUACAACUGAUGGUACAAAAUGUAUCGUUAAAGAUUCAUGUACUUAAUACACAAAAAACAAUACCUGUACCAAUGCAUUGGGAACUGAAGGUUUGUGUACUUGGGUUUAAAGUACAAAUACUUGUAGGGUUAAGACAUGUGAUGAUAUUACUGGUGGUACUACUUUAAUGGCUUGUAGUAUUGUGAAUAAUUGUAUUACUGAUGGAACUAAAUGUAUCCUUAGAAGUACCUGCGAUAAAUAUACAACCAAAAUUGGAUGUUAUUCUAAAGGAACUGAUGGAUUUUGUAUUUGGACUGAAACUAAAAUUGGAAAUACAACAACAGGAAAAUGUUCAUUAAUGAGAAAUUGUGCAAGUGCUGCUAAAGAUUAAGAUGCAUGUUAAUAAGCAUCAGAUAGAUGUAAAUGGACUGCUGCUACUACAACUACAAGUAGCUCUUGUGUUGAUCAUACUUGUGAAUCUUUUGGUACUUAAUCUGGUAGAUGUUUAUAUUUCCCUAGUUGGGAUUCAUCUAAGUUAAAUAUUUGCCGUAAUGUGAAUGGUAAAUGUACAGCCACUGAUCCCAAAGCCUUACUUGAUACAGAAUGUUACAAUUUAUCAGCUUACAUGUAUUCAUGGAAUUCCAAAACUAACUCAUGUUCUUAAUGUUAAAUUGUUAUGACUCCUAACAAUUCUACAAUAGGAAAUGAUUUAAAUUAAACUGAUGAUUCAGGUUAUGUUUUAAGUUUAACAGUCUUGAUAGGAUACUUAUUGUAUUGA